AUGGCAAGAGAAGGGAGUUCCAGCAGACAACAAAAAUGGACUCUCCAGGGAAUGACAGCACUUGUUACUGGUGGAACUAGAGGAAUUGGAUAUGCCAUAGUGGAGGAGCUAGCGGGAUUUGGCGCCAAAGUAUAUACAUGUUCAAGAAACGAGACAGAACUGAAUGAAAGGCUAAAAGAAUGGGAAGAGAAAGGGUUUAAAGUAAGUGGUUCAGUGUGUGACUUGUCAUCAAGAACUCAGAGAGAAGAACUAAUGAAGACAGUCUCUUCAAUCUUUGAUGGCAAGCUGAACAUCCUAGUAAAUAAUGCUGCGAUAAGUCUAAUGAAGCGAGCUAAAGACCAUACUCAUGAAGAUUAUGCACGUGUAAUGGAAACAAAUAUCGAGUCCCCUUAUCAUAUCUGCCAACUCGCGUACCCAUUAAUGAAAGAAUCAGGAGUUGGAAAUAUAGUGUUCAUUUCAUCUGUUGCUGGUGGAAUGGCACUGCCUGCACUUUCUGUUUAUGCAGCAUCCAAAGGUGCCAUAAAUCAACUAACGAAAAAUUUGGCUUGCGAAUGGGCUAAGGACAAUAUUCGUACCAAUACUGUUGCGCCAUGGGGUGUCAAGACUACAAUCAUGAAACACGAGGAUAUCGAACCAUCUGUUUUGGAAAUGUUUGUCCCUCUAAUGGCUAGGACUCCACUAGGGCGAUUAGCAGAACCCGAUGAGAUAUCUUCUUUGGUGGCAUUUCUUUGUCUUCCGGUUGCUUCGUAUAUUACGGGGCAAGUCAUUUAUGUCGAUGGAGGAUAUACAGCGGGUGGGGUCUAA